CAGCAAAACCACAAUAUUCUGGUCCCAUCAUGAAGUCAGUCUGCUUCAUAGCUUUACUCUCACACCUGUGUGCACUCACUGCCUUCGGACAGAGCUUCUCAAAUGACAACGCUUAUGACUAUUAUUAUUAUUAUGAGUAUGUCACUGGAAGCCCUGCAGAGGACACGGAUUUGAAUGACUGGUUGUAUGAUCUCCUGGAUUUCACAGAUCCGUGCACCUCAAAUCCGUGUUUGAACGGCGGCAGCUGUGCUAGCGAUGCCAGUGGGGGCUUCACGUGUUGGUGCCCUGAUCCUUACACAGGGAAGUGGUGUCAGAAAGUGAAAGACGUUUGCAAGAAUGUGAAAUGUGGCAACGGAGACUGUCUCCUCACGUCGACUGCUCCGUUCUACCAGUGCAAGUGCAGAGCUCCAUUCAAACCUCCCGACUGCAAGAGAGCCGCCCCCUGCAGGUCCAAUCCCUGUCAGAAUGGAGGCAGUUGCACGGUGGGCCCCAAACGUUCCACCUUCCAGUGCUCCUGUCCUGUUGGGUACAGUGGGAAAUUCUGUGACGUGGGGCCAAACGACUGCUACCAAGGUGAUGGAGAGUUUUACCGCGGCAUGGUGAGUGAGACUGCUGAAGGGGAGACGUGUCUGGACUGGGAUUCCUUUUUCAUCGCACAGAAAGGGGACAAUCCCUUCAUUGCGUUUGCAGGCUAUGACGGAAUAGGACAGCACAAUUACUGCAGGAAUCCCGAUGGUGAUGAUAAACCUUGGUGCUACAUUAACAAAAAAGGCAAACUGGAGUGGGACUUCUGUAAAGUCAGGAAAUGUACAGCAGCUCCCGCUACGCCACCAACCGUGCCUGAAACAAAACCGACUGCAGUCACCCCAGUCACGCAGUUCUCUAAGUGUGGGAGGCCACAGCCUGGCCGCUCAUCCCGAAUCAUCGGAGGGAAGAAGUCUCUUCCCGGGGCUCACCCUUGGCAGGUUUCCCUGCAGACCAGAACCCUGGGCUCCUCUGGACCCUUCAGCCACAUCUGUGGCGGCAUCCUCCUGGGGUCCUGCUGGGUUCUCACUGCUGCUCACUGCAUUGAGAGUGGAAUGGAAAUGCAGGUGGUGCUGGGAGGAGUGGACAUAGAGAAGCACGAGGAGUAUGAUCAGGUCAUUCCCGUGGUGAGGGCCAUUGUGCACGAGAAUUACAAGCGAAGCCCCUUUGCUCUUCAUAAUGACGUUGCCAUGCUUCAGCUGCAAGUCACGCAGUCGCCGUACUGUGCCAAAGAAACCCGCUUUGUGAAGGCGGCCUGUCUGCCGAGCCAACCGUUCAGCAGUGGGACAGAGUGUGUGAUAUCAGGAUGGGGCGUGACUGAAACACAAAAGUAUGGUACUAAGCAUUUGCUGGACACUCGUGUCCUCCUGAUCUCUCAGGAGAAAUGCAAGGCUCCUCACGUGUAUGGAAACUUGCUGGAUGACAGCAUGUUCUGUGCAGGCAACAUGCAGGGAGGUGUCGACUCCUGUCAGGGCGACUCUGGUGGUCCUCUGGUGUGUGAGAGAAACGGGACGCACCACAUCGUUGGUGUGGUGAGCUGGGGCGAUGGCUGCGGCAAGAAGUACAAGCCCGGUGUCUACGCCAAUGUUGGAAAAUUUACUGACUGGAUUGCCCGUUACUUACGCUAAUCAUGAAAUGGAUGAGAAUUACAUGCAAUUGUCUUUAUAUAUAUAAAAAAACAUAUAGGCUUAUCACCUGUCUGUAAAACCCUGGUUCCAUGAAACUGACUUGGAGCUGUCAGAGUGUCAGGGUUGUGGCCAUAUUGUGGUUUUAAUUCAUUUCUAGGCAAUAAACACUAAUGAAGAAAAAGAAACAAUAACAUAUUAA